AUGUCCCCAUACUGCAUCCUCUGCCAGAAAGUCUUCCGCACCGACGCAGCCCUGAACCAACACAAAGAGAACGCCCCAGCGCACAAGCAAACCCACUGCGUCCCCUGCGACAAGACCUUCUCCAGCGCCGAAGCCCUGGCGCAGCACGUCCGCGACUCGCCCGCGCACCAGCACAACAAGGCCGCGUCCUCGUACCCCAGCUGCACCCUGUGCAACCGCUCCUUCAUCAACGAUGACGCCUUCAACGCGCACGUCCGCGACUCCCCCAAGCACAAGAACGGCCUCGGCAUCAUCAGCCCGGCUGGCAUCUACAACCAACAGCCGCAAACCACCACCUUGCUUCCCCCUGCUGCCACUACUACUGCUGCUGUUGUGCCACCACCAGCAUCAUCAACGACGACGACGACGACGGCGACGGGGAUGGGCGGCCGGACCAUCCCUUGCACCCGCUGCCCCCGCAAGUUCGCCACCCCAGACGCCCUCGCUCAGCACAUGCGCGACACGCCCUUCCACGCUUACUACAUGCACCUGCCACCCGGCCUCGCGUCCGGCGACGACAGCGGGUAUUUUUCUGCCACUGCUGCCGUCGCCGCCGCCGGCACCGCUGCUGCUGCUGCUGUUGUUGCGACGCCGGCUGAGGAUGCGGGGACGCGGUGUGACAGCGUGAUGGGCGAUGAUGAUGUUGACGAUGAUGAUCUCGAUCAUGAUGACGAGACGGAUGGGGUUGUGGUUGAGAUGCCGGCGGCGGGAGGAGCGGAUCGGGAGGAAGAGAAGAGUGGGGUGGAGGAGGGGGGCGACGAGAAGCAGAAGCAGCAGCAGCAGAAGAGAGGGGGCAGUGUGGAGAAGGGGGUUGCGCGGUUGCUGCUUGAGGAGCUGGAUGCGUUGGAGAAGGAGGAUGAGGAGGAUGUGAAGAUGCUCGUUAGGCUGCUGUUGAGGAGGCUGCGCUUGGUUUAA